UAUACUCAUUAAAUGUUAAAAAACUGAGAAUUUAAAAGUAGUGUCUUAUAUCGUCUAAUAAUUAUAAUUAAAAUUAGUAUCUAGACCUUGAGUUAUGAAAUUUAUCAGCGAGACUAAUGCUAAUGUUAAUAGCUGUUACUAUUUUAUAUAAUUAAACUCUAGAUACUCAUUAUUACAUCUAAUUAUUUAGUAUUAGCUUGUUAUGUUCUAACAUCAAUAUAUGUUAAAAUUUAAAAAUACAUGUUAUAGAAACAACAAUGUUGCUGUUAUUUAAAAUGAUUAUUGCGAUAAUCGUAAUUGUUUAUCAUUAAAUUUGUUAUUUCGUUUCAACAAAUUGUUAAAACACUACAAGUGACGUAGAUGAUGAAACUUGAAAGCGAAAGUAUGUUAAAAAAAUAUUACUAAGUACAUAGAAGCAGAGUGAUUCUGUCCGGACUUUGUCAAUUGGCCACGAUAACCAAGAUGAUGAUGGCCCAUUAUGUUGGGCCGAUUAUCAUGGGCUGAGACACAGGAGGAUAAAAAGAUGACCAAAUAUCCCCGGUCUCCGAUACUUUGAACUUGUACGGACGGCGAAUUGAAAGAGAAAGUAAAGGGGAGAUGUCGCAAUACGCAACGUCGUCCAGCGUCAAGUGGAGGUGAAGAAAGAAUCAGUUGCUGUCUGUUUAUCGCAUCGAAUGGUUGUGUAUGAUUAUUUGAGUAUUCCAUUAGUUUACUUAUCAAUGCAAUAUGUUCGGGAAACUCCUGGUACUAUUACUUGUUGCAAAUGUUGAUAAACACGUGUUAUCAAAGCCUACUUCUACGACUGAAACUGUGGAAUUAACUUUAGAAACUCCUAAAGAAAUAAUUAACAGUACCAUUAUUAAAGUACCUAAUCGCUGGGAUCGUGGCAUGGAACUGUUAGGCCAAAUUAUGGAUUCACUGAGAUUUGGCAGAGGGAGAUUUGUAAAUUUUGUGAUGAUGGCUAGAAACGAGAUUGCUGAGCGCGCGGAGGAAUUCACCAGCGAGACUGCCAACAAAUUGGUCUCACUUCUAGCGGCGAGGGACGCGAGGAAGAUCAUCCAGAACAAGACUGAGAAGCGGAACGCCAUCAGCCCCAGAAGCGAGACCAUUACAACUGUCAGCACGCCCAUUAAAAUAGGUCCUCUGGACAGUUUUUUGCCUGCCAAGACUAGAGAAACGUCACGAUUAGAGAGUGAAACUGGACAGUCACUCUUUGAAUUUAAAAAACCUAAACCAGUUCAAGGAUUUCUCGAGAAUCUUCUCUCCCCUGUUCCUCUGGUAGACAGAAUAAGAGAAGAAGACAAGUAUGGAAACACCGGUGAUAAAUUCAUAGGCAUUGGAAGAGCUCUUAUUAAAGGGUUCGAGGGAUUUAGUAAUUUUCUAAACACUAUUGUCGAUCUGCCAGUAGAUGCUGCAAAAAAAACUUCUCGAGGAAUUACUGCUGCGCUUAAUCAAAUCGGUGGAAAGCUAGUAGGCCUUGAGUAAAACUAUUAAUUUAUUAAGUAAUUAUAAUUAUCAAUUUAUUGUGUAAUGUUGUAAAUACUGUGGGUCGUUGUUAUUAAAUUUUAUUGUGAAAAA